CACAGUCAGUAGCUGCGUUUGGCUAGCAUUUUCUGCAUUCAACUUCAUUACCCGCACCACAACAUAGCUUCAGCUUCUUCCUUGCCAAACAAUUUUACCAGAAAGUUUACAGAACAGUAUUCUGCCUUAAAGGAGCAGCAGCAUGGUGUCACCCGCCAUCGCUCUUGCAUUUCUCCCGCUGCUGUUGACCCUGAUCAUCAGGUACCGCCAUUACUUUGUUCUGCUCUACCGAGCGGUACUGGUGCGCAUGGUGCAUGACUGCCUCACCGGCCUUAGUCGUGAAGAACGGGCAUUCCAGUAUGUGCUGACCCACGCUACCCCGGGAGACCCUGACAGCAUCCUAGACACCUUUGAUCACUGGUGCAGCAAAGUAGAGUUCAUCAGCAACAUCGGUCCAAAGAAAGGUAAAGUCCUGGACAGACUACUGAAGGAGAGCUGUCCUCUGACAGUACUGGAGUUGGGUGCACACUGUGGGUACAGCACAAUACGCAUUGCCCGCUUACUUCCCAUUGGUGCCAGGCUCUAUUCUGUGGAAAUGGAUGAACGCAAUGCACUCGUGGCUGAGAAAAUCAUUCGUUUGGCUGGCUUUGACGAUGACACGGUGGAGCUGAUCGUGAAGCCCUCUGACGAGGUCAUCCCCAGGCUGCGGGAGGACUUUGGGGUGGAGCGGCUGGACUUUGUGUUCAUGGACCACUGGAAGCGCUGCUAUCUCCCAGACCUGCAGCUGCUGGAGGGCAGCGGCCUUCUGGGGAAGGGCACGGUCAUUCUGGCCGACAACGUGGUGUUCCCCGGGGCGCCCAACUUCCUGCGGCAUGUGAAGAGGAGUGGGCUGUACGAGCACCGCGUGCACCGCGCCACGCUGGAGUACAUACGGGGCAUCCGCGACGGAAUGGCCGAGCUCACCUACCUCGGGAACAACUGA